GAUGAAAAGAAGAAGAUUCGAAAAUUUUAGGUUAACUAAUUGUCACUGAUAGUUGAAAACAAAAAUAUUCUGACAUCCGCCUACAUUUAAAUUUAGUCAUUUGAAAAACAAUGUCUCAUUUACAAAGCGGAAAAGUUGAUAUAUCCUUGAUUCAAACAGCAGCUAGGACAAGCUUGAUUAAUCUCAUAGAACAAUGUCCUGGUAAAAAAGCUAUCGUGUGGGAUAACAGUUUAGCAGGACCUGUAGGGCUUAUAGCUCAAUAUUCAAUCCUUAGAGAACAUGGUGUUAUUAAAAUGUUUCCUUUGCGUAAUAUACCUCUCCCAGAAACUGAUGUUGAUCAUGUUAUUUUUAUUUCUAGACCUAAGCUCCAUUUAAUGGAUUAUAUAGCUCAUAACGUACAUGCUGCUAGUAAAUUGAAAACUGAUAGUAAGAAACAGUUUCAUUUGAUAUUUGUACCGAAGAAAAGUUUACUUUGUAUGGAAAGGCUGAAACACAAAGGAGUUUUUGGUAGUGUAAUGGUUAUUGAUGAAUUUAAAUGUCGACUGUUUCCAUUUGAAUCAGAUUUGGUGUCGAUGGAAAUAUCAGAAGUUUUUAGAGAGUAUACAAUAGAAAAUGACCCAACUUACUUAUAUCAAACCGCCCAAGUUAUUAUUUACCUUCAAAAAUUGUAUGGUACCAUUCCUAAAGUUUGGGGCAAAGGUCAUGCAGCAAAACAAGUUUGGGAUCUUGUAGUUAGACUACAGAAAGAAAAGAACAAUAGUGAAGAUAUGAAGAACCAACAACAAUCUUGUAUUGAUCAGAUUAUUUUAAUUGAUAGAUCUGUUGAUUUAAUCACACCACUAGCUACUCAGCUAACAUACGAAGGACUAAUUGAUGAAAUUUUUGGCUUAAAUAAUGCUACUGCUAAUUUUCCAAUUAGCAAUUUCUUAAGCAGUGAAGAAAGAACAACAGAAUCUUUAGCAGAAGAUAAAAAAGUUAUCAUUUUAGAUUCUGCUGAUAAACUUUAUGCAGAUAUCAGAGACAAAAAUUUCAAUGCAGUUGGAGCUUACCUUUCAAAACAAGCUAAAUCAAUUGGUGCUCAGCUAGAAAAUACCCAAGAAAAAUCUGUUCAAGAGAUGAAGCUCUAUGUUCAACGACUUCCUCAACUACUUGGGAAAAAGAAGCAGUUAGCUAUUCAUACAGCUAUUGCGGAAUGCAUUAAAGAAGUUACUGACAGUUACGAUUUUUUGGAUACUUUGCAGGCAGAACAAGAAUUUUUAAAUUGUAUAGAAGUAGAUAAACCGAGUCCCUAUAUUGAAGAAAUGAUAUCACAGAGUAAACCGUUAGUAAAAGUUUUGAGAUUAAUGUGUUUGCAGUGUAUCGCCAGUUCCGGUUUAAAACCCAAAAUUUUGGAAAAUUAUAAGAGAGAUUUAGUUCAAGUUUAUGGUCUUGAAGCUCUACUUGCUAUCUCAAAAUUGGAAAAAGUUGGACUUCUAAAGGUGCAGUCGAGCACAAGACAGUACACGGUAUUAAGAAAAGCCUUACAUUUAACAAUGGAAAAUACUUCGGAAAUAAAUCCUACAGAUAUUAGUUAUGUACAUAGUAUUUAUGCUCCGUUAAGUAUCAGGUUAGCUGAAUACGUUACAAAAACUGGAGGAUUGAAGCAAUUACAAGAUGUACUCGGUCUUUUACCAGGUCCCACUGUAGAUGAAACAACUUCUGUAAAUACAAUACCAAAUACUGAUUCACCAAUGACAGUUUUGGUAUUUUUUAUAGGUGGAUGUACAUUUGCCGAGAUAUCUGCUUUAAGAUUUCUGUCUCAGCAAGAAGAUUCAAAUGUCGAGUUUGUGAUUGCUACCACUAAACUUAUAAACGGCACUUCAUUUAUAAAUUCUAUAAUAGAAAAUUAAAUUACACCAAAUAAUUUGAGCGGUGUUUUCAUAACAUUAUACGCGGCGUAGAACGUAAUGCAAACCAUCGCAACGCAACAUUAAAUGCGCUGCGUCAAAUGUUCUCAAAGAUUGUCAGUUUUGUGACGACCGUCGCCGAGUUUUACACCCUUCUACAGCUUUUGCUUUAUUAUUAUUACAAGAUGAAAUGUAGUACUACAAUGUAGCUACUUAAAUAAUUUGAAAAUAGAAACAGCGAAGGAGUCUUUAAAUCUCAUCGACGACGAAGAGAAAUUUGUAGCUCAUUUUAGAGUUAUGAGGCAGCAAUUCUCGUUUCAUCUAGAUCUUGUGAAAGAAGAUUUAAAUGUAACAUGUAUUCGUAUGCGAUAUCCUAUUUUGCCAGCUGAAGAACUUUCCAUAAUAUUGAGAUAAAUACUCUUUAUUACAAUAUUUAUAAUUUUGUCUAUUAUUUAUAAUGUGCAUAUGUUUAGUCUACAUCUAUCAGGAAAAGAUGUCGAUUGAUCUUCAGGCAAUAUAUAUUACUCAAUAGGUUCCUAUUGGAUCGAGGUGCAUUUUUGGAAAAGACAUGGGUAUAUUGGAAACAGAGGAGAGGAUAGGAGAGGAGAGCUAAGUCUGCUGCAACUUUCAUUAUACAUAAACAUGUUGCAUCUUUUUGAUAUCUGAUUUCAUUUGAUUUUCAUUAGACAAGUACUCAGAUUUUAAGAUCUUAUUAGGUUCUACGUCACGUAAAAUGUGCAUUGCUGGAAAAACAUUGUUAUACUACUCUGUGAUAUUUUAUGCAUAUUCUCUAAUAAUCAACAUUCAUUUUGUAUAUUAUUUGCAUUAAAUAUAUUAUUGAACAAGUAA